GGGGAGGCGCCACAUCCGGCUGGUGCCGGGUCGCGAAUAAAGCCGCCGGGCGCCGCAGUUUGCUUCCAGCCGCAGCCCUGGGCUCCUCUUGGCACCCGGAGCAGCUGCUCCAAUGCCCCAGAGCGGCCAUGAGCGCCCCGCACUGGUGGGACCAGCUGCGCGCUGGCAGCUCCGAGGUGGACUGGUGCGAGGACAACUACACCAUCGUGCCUGCCAUCGCCGAGUUCUACAACACGAUCAGCAACUUCCUGUUUUUCGUUUUGCCGCCCAUCUGCAUGUGCUUGUUCCGUCAGUAUGCAACGUGCUUCAACAGUGGCAUCUACUUAAUAUGGACUCUCUUAGUUGUCGUGGGAAUAGGAUCUGUCUACUUCCACGCAACCCUUAGUUUCCUGGGUCAGAUGCUCGAUGAACUUGCAAUCCUUUGGGUUCUGAUGUGUGCACUGGCCAUGUGGUUUCCCAGAAGGUAUCUACCAAAGAUUUUUCGAAAUGACAGGGGCCGGUUCAAGGUGGUGGUCUGUGUGCUGUCUGCAGUGACGACGUGCCUGGCCUUUGUCAAGCCUGCGAUCAACAACAUCUCUCUGAUGUCCCUGGGGGUUCCUUGCACCGUGCUGCUCAUCGCAGAGCUAAAGAGGUGUGACAACGUGCGUGUAUUUAAGCUGGGCCUCUUCUCAGGCCUCUGGUGGACCCUUGCUCUCUUCUGCUGGAUCAGUGACCGAGCCUUUUGUGAGCUGUUGUCAUCCUUCCACUUUCCCUACCUGCACUGUGUGUGGCACAUCCUCAUCUGCCUGGCGUCCUACCUGGGCUGCGUGUGCUUUGCCUACUUUGAUGCUGCCUCUGAGAUCCCCGAGCAAGGCCCGGUCAUCAAGUUCUGGCCCAGUGAGAAAUGGGCCUUCAUCGGGGUCCCCUAUGUGUCUCUCCUGUGCGCCAACAAGAAGUCACCAGUGAAGAUCACGUGAUGGCAGGGUGGAGCUGGUUCUCUGCCUGUUUUCCCUCCUGUACUGGGCUUUCUUUGCCAGCAGAGACAGUCGGGGGGGUGCAGAGUCGGGGGGUGGGGGUCUGUCUUUUAAAAAUUCUGUUCCCUUGGGCUCUAUGUAGUGUAUGUGUGGACCGCCAGGGCCCUGCUGUGUGUGAGAACUGAGGGUCCUUCCCUUUCCCAGAGACUGGAUGUGUGGGGCUGAGGGGCACCUGCUGCAUCGCCGUGUCACUCCCAGGUGCUGUGGCUUGUUGGACUGUCUCCUUCCGACAAUGGCAGGGCAUUCCCAUGGGGAAUCCCGUGGUGCCUAUUGCCUCACUUCCUGGGGAGAGUUUGCCUGCUGCAGAUCCCACCAUUUCCACCCACUCUUUGAAGGGGUCCCCUGUUGACAGACAGACACUACAUCAGAUGAGACCGUCGGACUGUCUGAUGGUAGAGGCCCGAUGUCCUGAUUUGGGGCAACCUCUCUUAAAACAAAAGCAAGCAAAUGAAGCAUCCCUGGGAUCCUGGCUUGGAGGCAAGUUCUCUACUUCCUGCUCUCGGCAACCUUGGUCUCGUGUGUCUGUGAAGCAGUUCAGCGCCACAUCCGCCGAGAGAUGGAGACUUGCCUUCAGGUGAGGGUGAGACUGGUGAGAAAAACCCUCUGUGGCAAACACACAAUCCACUUAGGCCAUUCUUGAACAUGAGCACAGCUUUUAAAUGUCAUCUGCCCACCUGCCCAGCCCAGUAGCCUCAAACAUACAGAGAAAAAUAGCUAGGCUGGGAGAGUCCCAUCCAGACCUCGCUGUACUGCCUGAGCUCUGUGAGUUUGCCAAAGGGCAUGUUACAUUUGUGCUAUGGAUCCUGGCUCAAAAUUUGGAGCAAACAUGACAUUUUUUUCUCAUUUAAAGCCUUCUUAUACUCUCUUCUCCUGGAAAUUAUCCUCAAGAAUCUACCCUCUUCUUUCUCUGGUAUGUGCUAUGGGAAUAACACCCAUGUUCUCAUUGUAUGAGGGGCCUCCUGUGAUUUCUCUGAGCAUUGGACUGCUCGCUUUUCUCAAGUGCUGGCCAUCACCACACUGGCUGCUUUGGGUCGAGGGUGCGGCACUGCAAAUCUGUUGCCUUCUGUGUUUUCCUGACCUAAAGUGACACUGGUUAUAACUAAUCUCCCCUUCAUUGGGCUGAAUGGAAGACUCUAAAUAGUCUUUAAGGUGUGAGGUGGGAGCUGAUGAACUCAGGGAUAUUCACUGUAACUCAGGCAUCUCCUGCUUAGCAAGGAGAGCAGGGCACAUAGUCCCUCUUGAGUGGACACUAUCCUGAGCGUAUCAGGUCUGUGUCCCUAAGAGCUGGGCGGCAGCAGCUCUGGGCCUGUCCCAAGAGCUCUUAUUCUGGUUAGGAUUUGUACCAGAUCUAAGGUGAAAAGUCCAAUAAGUAACUGAAUUUAGAGGUUAAAAAAUUAUGACUUUAUUCUACUUCUGUGGUCCUGAAAUUAUUUUAAUAGCAGAACACUGCUUGCAGUAAGAAAUUCUAUGGAACCCUAAUAUUUGAGAUGCAUUUUUUUUUAUUAGUUUACAUUUGUUUUCAGGUUCUACUUAGAACAUUUCCUUAAUAAUAGAUCAGCUAGUGAAAUGCAAAUUAACAAAUUGGUGGUUUCCAAGGCAGAUACAUUUGAUUUUGAAAGCAUAUACUUGUUACUAUUCUAUAGUUUAAAAUAUGUUUUAAGAAUGAUAUUUCAAUUAGAUAUUUGUGAACCUUCUAAUGUUACCCCUUUGAGACCUAGGUGCAGCAGAAUUUUUUAAAACUGCUGCUAAUUCUUCUGGGUGUCAAGUCUGGAAUAUUUGAAAGGGGAAUGUGAGACUGUCCUCACUUUGGGUUGACUUACCAGGCAUGGAUUUUGGUCUCAUUCUUUCUGCUGUAUCAACAUGUGCCCAGCUAGAUGUUUGAUGUAUUUUGAGCUCAGUUGUCUUUGUGUGGAUGUGGAGAUGAGAAGCAGAAUGCAGAAGUGGGUGGUGUGUGUGAGGCUUAAUUUCUGUCUUGAGGGUUCCUCUGAUGGGGGCAUUGUCCCAACAGUGAAGGAGAGACCUGCUCUCCCCAUCAGGCAAGUGGGGAACACUACCUGCACCCCCCUAAGCUUUUGACCUAGGCUCUUUCAGAGUCUCUUGAGUGUCCUUCAGGAAUGGGGAUAAACUGUGACUGUUGGAAAUGGGGAAGUAAAUGCCCUGACUCACCGGCUUAUUUCCAUCCCUACUAUAAGAAACACCACUGAGUUAGGAUGUCAGAAGGAAUUUUUGAUAAGAAAAACCUAAUGUCCUUCUAGAGUCUGGUUUUAAUGAGAUGAGGACUGGGAAAGAAGUGCCGAUGGGCUAUAUAUGAGGAAGACAGAACAUUACUCGCCUUUGGACCAGAAAUCAUUAUAGCUUGCCAGUGUGGGAUAGUAAAUCAAGAGGACAAGAACAUACCGAUCUUAUUUUAAGUUAGUUUUAUGGCAUCGUUCGUGUUUAUAUUUAUAAUGCUUUUAUUAGCACUACAUACUCUUUAAAGAAAUUUGGGAAACAUAGAAAAGCUGAUGAAGAAGAAAAAAACCAUCUAUAUUUCUAUGACACCCAAAGACAAACAUUGUUAAUAUUUUGGUGUAUUUCCUUUUUGUCUUCUUUUUUGUUUCCCUAAUAUACUUGUACAUAGAUGCCUUCUAGAAAUGACCAUUUGUAGAGAUGGCAGUUUUUUAGCUUGACUGGAUUGCUGAUACCGGUUGUUGAUUUUUUUUAUGGAGAACGGGUUUUGAAAUACACUCGAAUUAGCUACACGUUUGUGCUAAUCACUCGAUUCUGACCUACUACUGAGUCUUAACUUUUUCAUUGAGCUGGACAUGAAUGGACUCUAAGAAAUCAUGAAAUGAAUUCUACUUUUUUAUUUUCUUCUGCACUUGGAAUCAUGGGAAAUAGCUGUUAAAUUUAUAUCUCUACAGGUUUUGAUGUCUUCAGAUUUAAAAAAACAAAUAGCUUGUCCCAUUAAUUCAUGUGCAAUCAACAGUCUUCCCAUAAGGCAGAGGAGUAGAGACUUGACAUGUUGGAGUUAGGUUAUGGUGGUUACCUGGCUAUCAGAUUUUUGUUCUGUUUAGAAUAUCCCCAAUAACUAUACCCAGCAGGAACUGGAUUUAAGAUAUUAAAAAGCAUUAAUGUUACCAAUGAUUAUUUAUGUCAGCGAUUCUGGUUUUAUAGUGUUUGAUUGAUUAUUGAUUUUUAGAAAAAGAAUAUUUUUCUUCCCUUUAGGAUUCUAUUAUUAUAAUGCAAGUGCUCCAGUGAACAUAUUGAAUGUUUGGGGGAGGGGAUACUGGAAUCUUUUGGGAAUGGAUUGCAUUUUGGGGUGACUGAGCCGGUCCCUCUGAAGACUGCCUAAAACAUGAAUUAUCAAAAAUCAAAGGUGUUCUCUUGGGGGACAAAACUUGAGUUUGUCAAAUACAGGCUUUGUAAAAAUACUGCCACCUGUUCUGUUUAUUGGAUUUCUCAGGUGUGUAAAAGCAUCUCUCUCCGGUUCUCCACGCUUCCUCUGGCGGAGGCUCCAGGACUGGGAUUUGAGCCUUCCCUGGCGCUCUAUCUCUCAGGGCUGACAUGGAACCAUCUCUGGGGACAGGUGAGGGCAGAAGCUUGCCCAACCAGAGCCCCUUCCCCUCAAAUGAACUCAGAACCUUUCCUAGCCAGCUCUUUGCUGAGUGUUGACAUUCCAACUGGCUAAAGAGAAGUCUCGGGCCAGGGAGGGCGUCUCCGUGGACUUUGUAGAUGUCAUUCUCCUACAGACUUUUUUAAAAAAAUGGCCCCUACUCCAAGGGACUGUGAGUUUGAUUUGUAUCUUCAUUAUAUGUUAAACCAGGUUUAAGACUAUUUUAUAAUCACAAUAUGUAACCAGAGAAAACAUAGUAUUUCCAGAUAUAUUCUGUGUUUUAUACCUUCCACAUUAUCUAGGGGUUUCGUAUAAGGGUGACUGUGGUAGCAUUUAAUCUCCGUUGCUUUGGGAGUGAUUUAAGACAUUUUGAAAUGGAGCUUUUGCACUUUAUUCUCUUUUCUGUGAACUGAUUAUGUUUGAUAUUAAAGCCAUAAGUGGCAUUUUCUGUGAAUGACUAUGUUUAUGUCUGGGUUUAUUUCUGAAACAAAAUAUCUGCAGUGAAAAAUGCAUUUCAUGGACUCAAGAGUGAAACAUGUUUUCCUAAAUUUAUUUAUUAAUGAAUUUGGAUAUCACUGUUAAUGAAUAUACUUAAAAUUAGUAUAAUUCAUUUUCUGGUUUCUUCUCAGCUGUGACAUCAAUACACCUAAAUAUUCCCAGGAUAAAGGGCCUAAAGGUAGUUCAUUAGAAUUUCAGCCAUCAUGUCUUAUGUAUAUAAAUUUCUCAAUUAUAGAAAACAUUUCCCCUUUGCUGGAUUUCAUUCAGUCACAGGAUGGAAGA